AUGACACAGCUUCAAAAACUCCUAGCCCAUGUCAUUUUGAAACUCACACUCAUAUUCUACCGGUGCUUGCAUACUCUUUUGAACAAAGGGUGGUCUUCAAAGCAUCAUUUUGACGAUGAUUCCCCCGAGGAUCAUCGGCCAUCAUCGCUGUUAGUUCCCGUACCAGUCGCGAGCCGAAUUGGGGUUGAAUUGAUAAAGAAGAAGCUGCCGGUGAUAGAAUUCGGCAGCUUUCUUGAAAGAGUGGACAUGGCUCGAGAAGGGUGCACGGAGUGUGCUAUUUGUUUAAGUAGUCUGGAGAGAGGUGACGAGAUCAGAGAGUUAUUUAAUUGCUGUCACGCAUUUCACAGGCGUUGCCUGGACGAGUGGAUUGAGAAGAGUCAGGUGACAUGCCCUUUGUGCAGGUCAAAGUUGUUGCCUCAUCAUUGGGAGGAUGGCAAAGUUGGAGAUGAUCCAUGGAGAGUGGAGAGGAUUGCUUACCUCUUUGGUGAGGACUAUGUAAUGGCUACAUGUAUUGUUGAAUCUUUGGCGUCUUCCAAAAGAAAUAUUGAAAUUGAAAUUGAAAUUGAAGUUGUUUCAGUUGCUAAAAUUGGUAAGAGGAAUAAGACUGAAACUCGAUUGUUUCUGAAAUAG